AUGUCUCUCCGUCCCGGGGCUGGUAGCCCCCGACGCCCGGCAGGGACUCCCUGGCACGGCCUGGAGCAGGUAGACGAAGAUGCUUUUAUCAGCAGGACGUCCCCAGUGUCCAGAGGUCCCCCCCGGGAGCUGAGCCAGAGCCUGGCCUCCCUUGGGCAUGCAGGGUGUGGGCAACCUGAGUCUGCUGAGCUAACUCUUGACUGCGUAGCAACCGUGACCCACCACGUGGGCAGUGAGCCCAAACGAGCCCAAGCUGAGGAGGCAGAAAGGGAAAAAAACCCACCAGAUGCACAGCAGGUGUGA